ACUGUUUCCUUACAAACUGUGAUGCAAGAUAAUAUUUUCAGAAAUAAAAUGUCUGAUCCUAAACUUAAACAGAUCAAGAUUAAGACCGGGGUUCUCAAGAGAAUCGGAAAAGAAAAGCUAUCGUACAGAAAGGAAGCAGAUCAACAGAAAGCUAAGCUUGAAAAAAUGAAGGAGGAAGGAAAGGACAGUCAUGACAUCAAGAAGAUGGGGGAGGUCGUCCAGGAGUCCCUAAUGAUGAUUCCUGACUGCCACAGGCGUCUAAUUACCGCACAUGCAGAUCUUAUGAGCCUUCUGGAACAAGAGAAAGAUUUGGCAGAGACUGAAAAAUAUGUGGCAGCUCAGGCACAGAUUCAAGAAGCCGAAGAGCAGAUGAAGGCGGAAUAGAACCCGCUACCGCUUUCAGUCUUUAGGAUCUGAACCCGCUAACCGUGAUCUGGAAGAACUCUAAUUUUCUCCACCACAACAUAACCUUUAUCCUUAAUUACUCGUAUCUUUACGUUACGCUUUGACGAUUUAUAUUUAGUAGGGUUUGCGUAUACACGUAGAUUGCGUAUGCGUGUAGUUGUGAAUAUUAAUUCGUCUGCUAUAGACCUGUGGCAAGUUGAUUAUUAAGUUAAUAAUAUUUGAGACUGUGAUACAAAAGUAAUUUUAUACUGCACAUUAUGUAUUUAAUUUUUAUUUCAAAUAAAGCAUCUUUAUUAUUUUUUUGCAUAGCUACAAUCAAUGUUCUUUUUCAG